AUCAGCUGUUGCACGGGCGGGAAAACGAGACAGCUUUGAGCGCGAAUUGUUCACAGCAAAAUAACGGUGAAAACAGUACCCAAGCACACAGUCCAACUAUGCAUCGUCGCACUCGCCUAAGUUUACGUUCCUCUUCAAUCAACGACAAGGAAAACGAACAUGAACAAGCGCAACUAACAGCAUCGCCCAGAAAGCGUCGUUCGAAAGUGCCGGACAGUAGUGUGAAGGAUGCCGAACUGCCGGAAGAAGACGGCGCUAGUUCACCGAAAAAAGUGGCCCGCAAAGCCGGUCGCCCUCCUGCACUUCCACCGGCCGUGGAAGACGUGGAGGAGCAGGAAGAUACAGCUCACGGUACAGGUGCGUCAGAUUUGGUAGGAAAACUGCCCGAACGGGAGAAAGAGUACGACGAGCUGGUUGGCUUCGUGGAGGGUGUGUUGAGUUCCGAUGGGUCGGGAAGUUUGUACAUCAGCGGACCGCCAGGCACGGGAAAGACGGCCACCCUGCAGCGGAUACUGAACCAUUCCUCGUUCGCGAAGAAGCUGAAACCCGUCUACAUCAACUGCACCUCGAUCAAGAGUGUGGGCAGCAUCUACAAAAAGAUCUCGGAAGAGCUGGGCCUGAAGGUAGGUGGCACCACGGAAAAGCAGUACCAGGGUGCGAUCGAGGCGCACCUGGAGCGAAAGCACAAAACCAUCAUGCUGGUGCUGGACGAGGUCGAUCAGCUGUCGAGCAGCAAGCAAACCAUCCUGUACAGCAUCUUCGAAUGGCCGGCCCGGCCGACCGCGCGGCUCAUCCUGAUCGGUAUUGCCAACGCGCUCGAUCUUACCGAUCGGCUGCUCGCCCGGCUGCAGGCCCGCUGCGAGCUAAAGCCACAGCUGAUACAGUUCCUACCGUACACGAAGCAACAGAUCGUGACCAUACUGAAGGCUAGUCUGGAGGAGUCCAACUCGCUGUCGCGCUUUCCCGAGGCGGCCCUGGGGCUGCUUGCCGCCAAGGUGGCCUCCACCUCGGGUGAUAUCCGGCGCGCCCUGUUCAUUGCGCGGCGGCUAGUGGAGAGCGCGAAAAAGGAGGACCGCAAAACGGGCUCGUCGGGCGCGCCCACCGUGGUCAGCAUGGGCCAGGUGAUGACGGUGCUGAAGCAGGUGUACGGUGCGUCCCAGACGCUCGGCAACGAUCUCGAGGAGGGUUUCCCGCUGCAGCAGAAAAUUCUCAUCUGCUCGCUGAUGCUGAUGCUGAAGCACGGCAAAAACAAGGACAUCACCGUCGGCAAGCUGUACGAUGUGUACAAAGCGAUCUGCACCAAGCGCAACAUACAGGCCGUCGACCAGACGGAGUUCAUCAGCCUGUGCACGCUGGUGGAGACGCGCGGCAUUGUCCGGCUGCAGGGCAAAAAGGAGCCGAGGAUGCACCGGGUCUGCCUGCAGUGGGACGAGCAGGAGGUCACCUCGGCCCUGAACGACAAGCAGCUGAUUGCGAGCAUCCUCAGUGAUGUUUCCUGUUUGGGGAAGUAGUAGUGUAAAUGCGGAAUUGUUUUAAGCUUAUUUUAUUUAUAGUGAAUUUCUUCUCCUCCGUGAGUGUGUGUGUGUGCGUGAAAUGUGUGACGAAAUUUAAAUAAAAGA